AUACAAUCUUUUCACCAUUUCUAACGCGAUAGACAAUACAAAAAAACACCAAGUUAAGAACAAGAGGCAAAACUAACAUUAGGAAAAAACCCUGCAAAGGGAUAGUAUAUAAAAAUAUGAGGCGGCAUUCUUUUGUGCUGCUGUUAGCACUAAUAUGUUGUUCCUUUCUACUGACUCAUUCUAAACCUGUAAAUGAUGUCAAAAUUGAAACAGAAUCAACGACCGAGAGUGAUGCAGAUGACGAUGUUUCAGCCAAGGAAGACACCGCAGAAACAGGUGAGAAAAAAGAUACGGUAGAGGAAACAGACGAAACUGAAGAAGAAGAUGAAGAACAAAAAGCAGAAAAGAAAGAUGAUAUCAGCACUACAUCAGAAGAUGAUGAUGCUAAAACCGAAUCAUCUGAAGCUGCCGAAACUGAAAUUCCAACUCCUGUUGAAGAAGAAGAGGAAGUGACAGAAGAUGGAACAAAAAAAGAUCAGGUUCCUAAAAAGCAGGAUAAAACUUCGGAAAAUUCUGAUGAAUCGGAAGCUGCUACAAAAAAUGAAGACGUUCCUGAUACCGAAGAUAACACCGACGAUGAAGAGGUCGAUAAAAAAAGUGACGUAAAACCCUCUAACGACACAGCCAAGCGAGACGGAUUCGGUGAAGGAGGUUUUCACGGUGGUGAUGAGGGUGGCCACGAAGGUGAACAUGGUCAUCACGAGCACGAUCAUCACGGGCAUGAUCAUCACCAUCAUGAUCAUGGAUAUGAGUUCUAUGAAGAAUGGGGAGAGCAUGGAGGACACGAGGGUGAGCAUCACGGACACAAUGAAGGUGGGCAUCAUGGAGGGCAUGAACAUGGUCAUGAGCAUGAACAUGAGCACGGGCAUCACCACGGUGGUGGUGGGUAUGGAGGAGGGGGAUACAAAGAUCAAGUGCCAAAAGCUGAAAACACCGCAGAACAAGACGGAAAAAAUAAACCAGUAUCGGCAAAGAAAUGGUGGAUGGUUGGAGACCACUGGGCUGGUUGGGGACAUGAUCAUUGGGGGCCACCUCAUCAUCACCAUGAUGGUGGUGGUUGGCAAUAUGGACAUCAUGGGUUGCAUGGUCAUGGAGGUGGGUAUGGUAGUUAUAAAAGUCAUAUACCGGAUUGCUGCAAGUCAGCAGACCCAAGUGUUACAAAAAGAUGUGGUUGUCAUCUACACGCGGGUCAUCAUGGUGGUUAUCACUUUCAUGAUCACGGUUCUGGUUACAAUGAGCAUGAUCAUCACUUACAAGGUCCAUGGACAUUUGGUCAUGACCAUUGGGGAGAUGACUGGCACGAUUGGGAUCACAAUUCUCAUAACUUCGAACACUUACAACACAUGGAACACGAAAGCCACGAAGGACACCAUGGGCAUGGCGGAUGUCAUGGUCGAGACUGCUUACCUCACGGAAGUGGAUUCGUACACCCCAUUUACCAUGGAGGAUAUGGCGGGUAUGGUGGACAUGGAGGAUAUGGUGGAUAUGGCGGUUAUGGCGGUUAUGGAGGUUAUGGUGGACAUGGUGGUUACGGAGUACAAGGUGGUUAUGGAGGGUACGGAGGAUACGGAGGGUACGGAGGAUGCCACGGAUAUGGUGGAUGCGGUGGAUAUGGUGGGCAUGGCUUUCCUUAUGCUCCUCUUCACAAUGUGGUGCAUUAUAGAGUAUGUCAUGACUGUCAUCCGUUACCUUAUGGUGGCAGCAGAUGCCUGUGCAAAGCUGUAGGUCACCACGGUCAUGGUCAUGGCCAUCACGGACACUCUCCAGAGCAUGUAUUUAUAGAUUGUGGUCGAUCAGUCCACUAUUAUCCACAUCAGUGUGUAGCAAGGACAGACAUUCCUACUGCUGCUGCAGAUACAGAAUCAUCAGGAAAGGCCAAACAAGGGGUGGUUUAUCCCUAUGUAGGUUAUGGGCCAUGGUCAGCUUAUCCAUGGUGGGGAGAUUGGUGGGGUGGACAUGGCCAUCAUGGAUGGGGACGUGGCGGCCAUGGCGAUGAACAUGGUGGUGAACACAAUGGUGGACAUGGCGGUGGACAUGGAGGCGGUGUUGUUGGACAUGGUGGUGGACAUGGCGUUAUGGGUAAAAAUGUUGGUUUUAGUUUUGGUGGAGGUCAUCACCUACAGGCAUAUCAUUGUAAGGACAUGGUUCAAAGCUCAGGCAGCGAUGUAAGUGCUAAAUCGAAACGUUUUUGUGUACCACUCGGUCACUACGGAGGAUACGGAUGGCCAUAUUGGCAUGGUUAUCCUGGUGUAGGUACUGGUUUGUGGGGAUGGGGAUGGCCAUGGAUAAAAAACAAAGUACCUGGAUCAAAACAUAAAGAAGGAGAGGCAAAGAAAGAAACAAAAUCGAAAACGAAAAAAAGUGCUAUUCCAUCCUCAGAAGGUAAAGGACAGAAAAAGCAGACGAAGAAGCAAACUAUACAUGUAGGUUAUGGUUAUGCAAGUGGUGAUAACUAUAGAUUAGGUUACGGAAUGGGAGGCAUGGGUGGUGUAGCUGGUUUCUCCCCUGGUGCAGGAAUAGGUGGAGCGGGCGGCCAGUUUUCAAGAUCGAAAAUUCCCAGCGUUAAAACUGAGAAAAAAGCAGCCAAGACAAUUAUUCCAACACCAGAAAUACCAAAAGAAAUAUCAGCUGAGAAAAAAACAGCAAAAACUAAUAUUCUCACUCCAGAAACAACAAAAGAUGUUACGGCUAGUAAACGACAAAUCGAAAUGUCACAUCCCAUGGGAUAUUCAAAUGGGAACUUAGGUCAUCCUGUCACACACCCCGGUUACACAACGGUUGGCUGGCCAGGUCGAGCAGUGUCAACAACAGAAGCAAUGAAAAAUAGUAUACCAAAAGUAGAACCCAAACACAAAUCUGAUGCAUAAAUAUAUUUUCUAAAUGUUGUACCGUAGGAAUUAAUCAACAGUAGUUCGUCGUAAACGUAGUAACCAUAGCAACCGUAUAGUACAUUUUUUGUGAGAGCAGUAUGGUCACAUAGAAAAAAUCCCAACAUGUCGAUUGAAUAACCAACGAUAUUAACAUGAACUUUGUGUGUACUAAUGUCUCACA